AUGGCCACAUCUGUCCAGAAACCUUCGUCUCUGGACUUAACCUGUGGUCCGGACGACACUCCCCCCGAACUUAGAGACAUCGAUUAUACAACCCAAGUCUUGCUGUUCUCUCCCGAGAAUACCGAGUCCUAUUUCCGCGACCUGAUUGCGAAGGCGACAAAGCUGGGUAUUGUCGUUUCCCGACCUUCGAGUGUGGUCUCGAUAGAUGAUAAACGGAAUACGUCGGGCGCUGAAUCGAGCAUCACUAUGGAUACAAGCCACGCGCGCACCACAUCGACGGGGUCGGGUGGUUCCGCAAGCACCAAGCUUACAAUCCACUCUUUGAACAACAGACCUCCCGAACCCUUGGCACGAAUCGGUGCAAGGAAACGGCCGAGAGCUCUUACAUUUGCUCAAUACGAGAAUUAUCUCGCCCAAGUCGAACCAGACCUCAAUCAACCGAGGUUCAUGUCGCCUUCAUCUGCGGAAACCGAAGCUGCCCCGAGUAUAUUUAGUAUUAGUACGAAUAGAAGCUAUCUCAGUAUUAGGAGGGGACUCUCUAAACUACGGCAUAGGCGGAAAAUCCCACCUUGUCCUGGAAAUGUGGUCAUUGCAUGCAGAGAAGAUAUCCAGCCAGGUCAAACUCUCCAGAAGCUCCCGUGCGGACAUAGCUACUGUCCGAGAUGCUUGAAGAUCAUGAUUAACCAGGCCACUACGGACGAAUCGAAAAUGCCGCCGCGUUGCUGCACCCAACCCAUACCGGCCUCAAUCAUUAAAUCUGUACUGGCACGCGAUGAGCAACAUAAGUUCCUCAAGGCUGUCGCACAGUUUAGCACGCCUUGGGAGUCACGAGUAUUCUGCUGCAACCCGGGUUGCGGAGAAUUCAUUCCGCCCCGGUCCCGGAUCGAUCCCAAGUACCCAUUCCAAGUUGCCUGCCAUAAGUGCAAGACUAGAGUUUGCGUCAUGUGCAAGAGAGAUGCUCACCCAGUAGACCAAGAUUGCCCUGAUGAUUGGGAACUCAAGGCCGUUUUGAAGAUGGGCGAGAAGUCGGGUUGGAGAAGGUGUUAUAAAUGCCGAACCCUCGUUGAGCUCACGCAGGGAUGUACACAUAUGACUUGCCGUUGUCGAGCCCAGUUUUGCUAUAUUUGUGGCGCUGUGUGGGAUCCAAUGGUAGGUUGUCCGAAUUUCUGCAAUGGCGAAGCCGAAAUGGAGCGUCGACGUCAAGAGGAAGAGAACCGGGUAGCAGCACUCGCAGCCGCCGAGGCAGAGAAGAUGGAGGCGGCUGCGAGAGAAACGGCCGAAAGACACGAGGCGGAAGAACGUACUAAGAAUUGCCAAGAAUUCAAAUCCCUGCGGGAAAAGCAGGAAAGAGAGAUGGAGCGGUUCCAAACCUUUGAAAGAAAAUCUAAAUGGCUCAUGUGGACGAGACAUGCGCAUCAGAAGCUCGCUCUCGUGGAGAAGCAGGCAUCAUCGAUUGAGAGAAUGAAGGAACGACACGCGAAGACGUCAGCUAACCUCGAAGACCGCCAGGUGGCUGCGGAGAUGGAAUUACGCUCAAGCCUGGAACAGAGCGAAAAGAACGUGAGGAUUCGCCUUAAGCACAUGGAAGCGUAUUGCGAUGGUCUCGGCAAGAAUCCGGAUGCGAGUGUGCCUUCUCGAAUAGUAACGGAACGAGACCUGCGAGAACUUGGACAGCAAUACAAUGUGGCAAAGAAUAUGAGACAGCUUCAUCAAGCCAAGAUCAACGUGAUGCGCGAUCGGCAAGCCAAAGCUCUUGAAGAGCUUCUUGAAAGACAAGAGCUAGAGAUGAACAAACUGGUCGAAAAGAAUAGGAAAGAAAUGGAGAACCUUGAGUCCGACUUUGCAGAUGAAGAGGAUGCUUUAACGACGACUUUCGCCGAGCGCAAAUCAGCACUCGAAAGAAAAUGGAAACUCGAAAUGGAAGUGAAACGUAGAGAAUUAGAGGACCAGAAAGGAUUAAAGUUCGCAAUUGUGUACCCUCUUCAAUGGCCCCGUGAGGAGGAUACGCUUGAGGACGGUCUCUCAUCCGUGGACGAAUGA